AUGACUUUGGGUCCGAAGCCCUACUACUGGCCGAAUACGAGGGAACUCUCGUAUGGAAGUAGUCCGCCGAUUGCGACGAGGACGGGGUGGAUGGCGUUGGCUUUGUUGCCGUUUGUGCUGGCUCUGAGCACGAAAGCCAAUCUCAUAUCAGCGUUGACGGGCGUAUCGCAUGAGAAGCUGCAGGUCUUCCAUCACUGGACCAGCUACGCCAUGUUCGUGCUGGCUCUCAUCCACACGUUCCCCUUCAUCAUCUUCCAUAUCUGGAAGGGCGAUAUGGUCAAGCAGUAUAACACGAGCAUUGCCUACUGGACGGGCGUUGUGGCGUUGAUCUUUCAGGCUUAUUUGACGGUUAUGUCGUUGCCUUCAAUUCGGAAUCGAUACUACGAGUUCUUCAAAGCCACGCACCUCCUCGCCGCUCUCGUCUUUAUCCUGUUCUUCUUCCUGCAUUGUGACUUUCGUCUCUCUUCGUGGGACUACUUCAUCGCCACUGGCGCAAUCUACAUUCUCUCCCUCCUCUCCGCUCAAAUCCGCACGCACCUCAUUCACGGCCGGCACAUGGCAACCAUCACCCCCCUCCCCUGCGGCCUCCUCCGCAUCACAAUCCCCACCGUCACGCUCACGACCUGGCACCCGGGACAACACCUCUUCCUGCGCUUCCUCGCCCCGAGCAAACUCGGCCUGCACGCUCUCACCGCGCACCCGUUCACCAUCGCCUCGCUGGCCCAUGACCCGGAUGCGCUGGGGAAGCCCUCGCAGUUGGUGUUCUUCGUUCGUCCGCAUAACGGCCUCACGGCACGGUUGGAUGCGUUGGCGAGGCAUGCGACGGGUGGGGGUUGGAGGUGUACAGUGCUUUUGGAAGGGCCGUAUGGUGGGACUGCGGUUGGGAUUGGGAGUGCGGGGCGAGGUGAUACUCAUGCUCAUGCUGACACUGAUACUGAUAGCGUGGUGAUUGUGGCAGGUGGUUCAGGCGGCGGAUUCGCAUUGGGUAUGCUAGCUGAGACGUUGAGGUUGAGGUCUUCAUCUUGCGGACGAGCGAAUGGAACGGUGAAAGUGGUGUUUGCGUGUCGGUCGACGGCCAUGGCGCGGUGGUUUCGGGAGGAGAGUGAGGCUUUGAUUUCAUCAUCAUCACCGUCCACUGGUUCGUCAGGGGAGUUGAAGCACGAGGGAAACGUGGUUGUGGACAUUCAUGAUACUUCUGUCUCCUCUUCUGCCUCUCCCUCUUCAUCAUCUUCGUCGUCUCUUUAUCAGGGCAAACAGACCCAGAAACAGACCCAGGGUGAUGGAACCGGAACCGGAGAACCAGACCUAGGAAGAGACAAAGAGGUAGAACCCGACAUCGAGCUCCUCGCGACGGACGACAAUACCUACAGGAAAGACACAGGGAGGCGAAUGAAUCGCGAGACGCAGACACAGACGGGGCUGUUCUACGCCGGACGGCCGAAACUUGCGGCGCGGAUCGCAGAGGUCUUGCAGCAGAAGAACAGGAAGGUGGCGAUUUAUGCGUGCGGACCGGCGUCGAUGCUGUUUGAUGUCACGAAUGCAGCGGCGGAUGCGCAGGGACGAGGGGAUGGGGGAGAUGUGAUUUUGCAUACGGAGACGUUUUCGUGGUGA